AAAAACAAACUUAUGAUAAGUUAUUUCUGAAGUCAAAGAAGAAGAUGCGAACAGUGCUAAUGAAGGGAGUUGCUGGUACUGGUAAAACAUUUCAAGCAAAGAGAUUUAUGGCAGAUUGGGCAAAAGGAAAGUCCAACAAAGAGAUAGACUUUAUAGUGUCAUUUAAUUUCAGUGAACUGAAUUCAAAAAGAGAUCAUGAAGAGAGCAUGAAGGAUCUGCUUUGUCACUCCCUCAAUGAUAAUGAACACAAAGGAGUUUGUAAUUAUGAUGACUGUAAGGUAACUUUUGUCCUUGAUGGUUUGGAAAAAUGUGAACUUCCUCUGGAUUUUGAAAAUAACAAAAAGCUAAGUGAUUUGGAAGAGCCAGCCUCCAUGGAUGUGCUGCUAACAAACCUCAUCAAGGGAAAUCUGCUUCCCUCAGCUCUCCUCUGGAUCAUUUCUCAACCUUCAGGAGUCGAUAAGAUUCCCCGACAAUAUAUCAAGAAAGUGACAGAAUGUCGAGAGACCUCACAAAUGGAGAAACUGGUAUCAACUCUGAGAAACACAUUUCUUCAAGAAAACACUCAAGAUGAAGACAAAAAUCAUCCUAACCAGAAAAACACUGAACACAUCAUGAGAGAAGACAGCAGCACUGAGGACAAUGAUGAAGAGAAAAAUGGAUGUACUGCGGCCAAAUCAGUGACACGAGUGAAUGCAAUAUCUGAUAUUUUCAAAGAGCCAAAAGGAAAACAAAUCAGAAUUGUGCUGACUAUUGGAGAAGCCGGGAUUGGAAAAUCCUUCCAUGUGCAGAAAUUUAAAAAAGAGUGGGCUGAAGAAAAGGACAAGAAGUCAUUUCAAAUUGUAUUUCCACUUAACGUCUCAAAACUUAAGUUGAUAAAAGGAGAAAAAGUCAGUUCGGUUGAACUUCUUAAUCAUUUCUUUGAGGGAGCAAAGAAACUUGUGAUCUCUGACUUUGAAAAAUUCAAAGUUUUAUUUGUCUUGGACGGAUUGGAAGCUUAUCAACCUCCACUUGACUUCGGCAGCAGCGACACCUUGACUGAUGUCACAGAUUCAGCAUCAGUGGAUGUGCUACUGACAAACCUCAUCAGAGGAAACCUUCUUCCUUCUGCCAGGCUCUGGAUAACUUCCCGACUGAAGCUGCCCGACACCUUUGUCAACAGGACGACAGAAAUACGAUGUAAGCCUGAUAUUGCAAGUCAACAGAAACUCAAAACUCAGCUGAAGCAGCAGUUCACCCUUGUAUCUGAGGGGGUGGAUAUGCAGAAAACCUCUGCUCUUCUGAAUGACAUCUACACUGAUCUCUACAUUGUAGAGGGUGAGAGGGGAGAAGUCAACUAUCACCAUGAGACCAAACUGGUUCAUGAUGCAAAGUUCAAAACAGUGACACAAGAAACAUUGAUUAAAUAUCACGACAUCUUCAAACAAACAUCUGGAGAAAAUAAACCCAUUAGAACCGUGCUAACAAUCGGAGUGGCAGGCACUGGAAAGUCUUUUGCUACAAUGAAGUACAUGCUGGACUGGGCUGAGGGUACGGACAACAAGGACAUAUUUUACAUGUUUCCACUUUCAUUCCGGGAGCUGAAUUUGAGAAAAGACGAAAGUAACAGCUUGGAGGAGCUCAUUCAUUCUUUUUUUCCGAGUAUGAAGACAUCAGAAAUAGAAGACUAUGACAAGUACAAAAUUCUGAUUGUCCUGGAUGGUUUUGAUGAAAGUCGCCUUGACCUUGACUUCAGUGAAAGUAACAAAUGCACAGAUGUGAGAGAGAAGAACACAGUGAAUUAUCUGCUGACAAACAUCAUCCAAGGAAAUCUGCUUUCUAAAGCUCAAAUCUGGAUCACCUCCCGACCUGCAGCAUCCAAUCAUAUCCCUGCUGGUAAAGUUGACCGAGUUACGGAGGUGCGAGGAUUCAAUGAUGAGCAGAAGGAGGAGUACUUUAAAAGGAGAUUCAGCGACAAGGAUUUGGCUGAAAAAAUCUUGUCACAUGUCAAGAAAUCAAGGAGCCUUUAUAUCAUGUGUCACGUCCCUGUCUUUUGUUGGAUCACGUCAAAGGUUCUAGAAGAUGUUGUGACCAGAAACCAGGAAGACAGGAUGCCCAAGACUCUGACUGACAUGUACAUACACUUCCUUUUGUUACAGUGCAGACAGGCUAAUGUGAAGUAUGGUGGAAAUGAGACAGGUGAGAGUUCUGAGACAGAUUCAUGUUGGAAUACAAGGAAUGAAGAAACAAUCAUGUCUCUGGGGAAACUGGCCUUCAAAGGCCUAGAGGAAGGCAACCUUCUCUUCACUGAAGAUUACUUGACAGAGCGUGGUGUUCACAUCACAGAGACUGCUAUCUUCUCUGGAUUAUUCACUCAGAUUAAACGAGAAGGCCAUGGGGUGCACGGCCAGAAAUUGUUCUGCUUUGUCCAUCUCAGCAUUCAAGAGUUCCUGGCAGCUUUUUAUGUCUUCCACACAUUCAACAACAAAGGUGAAAAUCUUCUUACGAAACCUGUCUGCACAGUUGCAGACUUACCUGCAUCAGACUUCUUCAAGAUAGCAGUGGACAAGGCUUUAGAUAGCAAAACUGGAGACUGGGAUCUGUUUCUUCGCUUCUUGCUAGGCCUCUCUCUGGAGACUAAUCAGGAACUACUGCGAGACCUGCUUAACAAGAAAGACAAUAACGAGGAGAUCAACAAGGCAACAACUGAGUACAUCAAAGAAAAGAUUAGGGAAGAGAACAGUGAUGCUGAUAAAAAAAUAAAUCUUUUCUACUGUCUGAAUGAACUGAAUGACCACUCUCUCAUGGAAGAAGUCAAAAUAUACCUGAACUCGGAUACACUCACAUUUGAAAACUUCUCUGCCUCCCAGUGGUCAGCUCUGACUUUUGUACUGCUGACAUCAGACGAGGAACUUGACGUGUUUGAUCUGAAAAAGUACCUGAAAUCAGAGAAAGUUCUUCUAGGAAUGCUGCCAGUGGUCAAAGUCUCCAAAACUGCUCUGCUGAGUUGGUGUGAGCUCUCUGAAGAAUCCUGCAAAGGUUUGUCCUCAGUCCUCAGCUCUGCAUCCUGUAAUCUCACAGAGCUGGACCUGAGUCACAAUGACCUGAAGGAUUCAGGUGUGCAGGAACUUGCUGAUGGCCUAAAGAGUAUACACUGCAAACUGGAGAUUCUCAAGUUGUCAGGUUGUCAGGUGACAGAGGAAGGCUGCUCAUACCUGGCCUCAGCUCUCAGGUCCAAAAAAAUGUCCUUCCUGAAAUAUCUGGAUCUGAGUUACAAUCACCCAGGAGACAAAGGGGUGGCGAUGCUCUCUGCUAUAGCUGCAGAUCCAAAUAUGAGCCUGAAGACACUGUGUCUGGACCAUGGUGGAGAACAUCGUUUAAAGCCAGGACUGAAGAAGUAUGGUGUGGAUCUGAAGCUUGAUACAAGCACAGCAAGCAGGCGGCUUGUUCUGUUUGACAGAAACAGGAAAGUAAAAACUGUAGAGAAGGUGGAGGAGCAACUUAAACAACCUGAACAACCUGAACAACCUAAAAAUGAGGAGAGGUUCAGUAGGUCUCAGGUCCUUUGUGAGGAGGGCCAGAAAGGUCCCUGCUACUGGGAGGUGGAGUGGAAAGGAAAGGUUGGCAUCGCAGUGGCAUAUAAAGGGGUGGGUAGAAAAUGGGACAGAGAGGGUGGCUUUGGCUCCAAUGAGAAGUCCUGGAGUCUGAUCUGCUCAAAGAAGGGAUACACUGUGAUGCAUGACAAGAUGUCCGAAAGUUUUAAAUGGGAAGUGCACCCUUGCCAAAAAAUAGCAGUGUUUCUGGAUUGGGAAGGUGGCACUCUGACGUAUUACAGUGUCACAUCAGGAAAACUGAGCCUCAUACACACCUUUCAUGCCACAUUCACAGAGCCCCUCUUUCCAGGCUUCUGGUUUCAGAAGGGCUGUGUGACUUUAUGUGAUGUGGAAAAAUGUGACGAAGUGAUCACCUGA